GCUCAGAGAGGUUCCAGAACGCCCGCGACCCAAGUGUGGGGAAGCAUUUCAGAAAAGGCGUGGAUGUAUCCUAGACGCAGGAAUUAAAUCUGUAAAUUAAAAUUUAACUGUAUAAGUAAAGUUUGUGGUCGGCUGGAAGAGACCCUGCCCCCGCCCUCCUUGCCUCCUCCCCUCUGAGGGUCGCUUAGAGGUUCGGCCGGCAGUAACACACUUUUUCGAGUCAGUCUGGCUUUAGCCAUAAUGCGGAUCCGCUAAGAGGCACAUCCUCACCCAACUUUGUCACGCAGUUUCUUCUUUCCGGCACCGGGUUGACGAAGAAACCAGGGUAAAACAAGCCUUCCUUAAUUGGCGUUUUGAGAGUUCCAGGCUUCAUCUUCAACCUGUUUUAACCGUGCAAGAGGGGAAGUGAACAGACUUUUUAAUGAACCACUACACGCUAGCUGACGCCAUGACUGAUAAGAUUAUAUAAUUUACCCCAGUGGAAGAGCAUCACAUCUUGUCAGGAGCCACAGAGGAAACUUCACCGUUCCAAAGUUGUCAGAGUCCAACAUGGGGUUUGGCAUGCUGGGUGUGUUCCUGGGGCUGCUCCUGGAGGUGUCCACCCAGGGACCCCAUGCUAUACCUCGAACUUCCUGGAGACACCAAGAUUUGGAGCUGUUGGAGUUCUCAGAGCCAGACAUCUUCAAUUACUCCACACUACUGCUUAGCGACGAACGUGACGCCCUCUACGUGGGUGCCCGGGAGGCCAUCUUUGAGCUGAGCAAGAAGAAUGUGACCAUACGAAACAACAAGGUUCUGUGGCAAGUUGGCGAGACCCCCAUAGACAUGUGCACACUCAAAGGAAAAUCAAGAGAGACCGACUGUUUGAACUACAUUCGAGUGCUGCAGGUGGUCGACGACCAGCGGCUCUAUGUCUGUGGGACACAUGCCUUUCAACCACAAUGUGAUUAUUUGACUUUGGCUGAUUUUUCAUUAGAGGGUCGAGCAGAAGAUGGCAGGGGGAAGUGCUCCUUCGAUCCCUCGCAAAGCUUCACCACUGUCAUGGUUGAUGGAGAACUAUACUCUGGGACUGCUUAUAACUUCUUGGGUAGUGAGCCCAUUAUUUCUAGAUACUCUCCAUCUUCGUACCUACUGAGGACAGAGUACUCCACAUCAUGGCUCAAUGAACCCACUUUUGUUUUCGCGGACGUCAUCAGGGAAGGGGAGAACCCUGUAGAUGGUGAGGACGACAAAAUCUACUACUUCUUCACAGAGGUUUCAGUGGAGUACGAGUUUUUCGGCAAUCUACUCAUUCCAAGGGUGGCACGCGUUUGUAAGGGUGACCAGGGUGGACAGAGGACACUGCAGAAGAAGUGGACAUCCUUCCUGAAAGCCAAGCUGGUGUGCUCCAUGCCUGAACUCAACUUUGUCUUCAACGUGGUGCACGACGUCUUCAUCCUGAAGGGCACGCGUUUGAAGGACACUGUCAUCUAUGGGGCCUUCACCUCACAGUGGGGAAAUGUUGGUCUAUCGGCAGUGUGUGCUUACAACAUGUCUGCUGUGGAUGAGGUCUUCUCGAAGGGCAAGUACAUGCAGAAGGCCACUGUGGAGCAGUCCCACACCAAAUGGGUCCGGUACAACGGUGUUAGUCCCUCGCCACGCCCUGGAGCAUGUAUCAACAGCCACAUGCGGCAACAAAACAUCAACAGCUCGCUGCAGCUGCCCGACAAGACGCUGCAGUUCGUCAAGGACCACCCCCUGUUGGAGGACCCCGUCCUGCCCAUCGGCAACAGGCCCCGUCUCAUCACCAAGGAUAUCAACUACACGCAGGUGGUCGUGGAGCGAGUCUGCGCCCUUGACGGGACCAUCCACGAUGUAAUUUUCACUGGAACGGAUAAGGGGGUCCUGCACAAGUCAGUGGUCCUCACAGGAGAGGUCCACAUGGUUGAGGAAAUCCAGCUUCUGAAGAACAACCAGCCCAUUAAGAAACUGGUGUUGUCCUCCAAGACGCACUCCCUGUACGCUGGUUCUGACACAGGUGUGGUUCAGUCGCCCACGGCCUUCUGUAGCAAGUACCAGUCCUGUGAUGACUGCAUACUUGCCCGAGACCCAUACUGCGCCUGGGACCCUCGCACUGCUCACUGCGUCAAGAUCUCCGACAUGCCCAGUCAGGAGCUCAGGAUGCUAAUUCAAAGCCUAAGUGGUGAUGCAGGCAAAUGUCCAACAGCUCCCAUUGUGCCCCUGAAGGACUACGAGCGUGUUUCGGUGAAGCCCGGAAGCUCCGCUGAGCUCCCGUGCCUGGUGCGCUCCAACAGAGCGCAGGUGAUGUGGAGAUCCAACGGCUCACUCCUCACCGAGGCCUCGCACUUUCACUUCAUCCGAGACAACGGCCUGCUCAUCUAUAGUGUGGCCGCUGAGGACCAGGGCCGUUACGAAUGCUGGUCCGUGGAGUUCGCUAGUGGGAAUAACUUCACUCGCCUUCUGGCAGGAUUCGUCUUAACUCUGGACGUCCCGGAUGGCGAAAGCACCUUCCAGAACCGGGAGUUCACGCACAGCAUGGAAGGUAAAGUUGAGGCAGACCGACCGCUUGCAUCAGCCCCCAGUUUCACCGCCACCGUGCAGCUCUCAUCCUCGCCACGCUUGUCACUAACCCCAAGCGGCAGCACCGAGCAGCCGUCUGAUCACCACACGCCCCCAGAGAGUGCCACGCCAGAGGCGGAGUACUUGGAGCGCAGCAACACCACAGCCCUCCUCUUCCUCUUCCUGCUCUUCUUCUUGCUCUUUUUGGCCGCCGUGGCGUACAACUGCCACAUGCAGUACCUCCCGGCACCGUGCCUGCGUUUGCGGGCGGCCCUGUUGGGCACGCACAAGAAGAGCGUCGCCACCCGACCUGAGUACAGCGCUUGCGAAGCCGGUCUCAUUGACGCAUCUGCUGUGUCAGAUAAAGAUGCUGCAACGGUGCAGCCUGUGCAGAACAGCAGUCAAAACCUGCGCGCACUGCGUGAUACCGGCUAUGAGACAGAACCCGAAUGCGGCAACGGGCGCGUACCCUCGCAUGGCUUUGGUGACGAAAGUCCAUCCCCACAGAAGCCCUUCGAUGUGGACUGCGACUCUCAGUCCAUCCAGUUUGCCGAUGCUGACGAGCCUUAUUGCUAGAAACAAAAUGGAAGGCGGCACAAGUUCUCUUUUCCCUUUUUAAGUCCAGGAGGCUGCUGUGUACUCUUAGGCGGGUUAUACAUGAGGGUUGCAAAGGGGUGGAAAAUUUCCACUAAGUUUCCAUCGGAAUUUAAGAUCCAAAUCCAAAUUCAAAACUUUCCACAGGAAUUGACGUGGCAAGCAUUGAUAAAAUAAUAUAUGCCAUAAAAACUCAUCUAAGCAGAAUAGAUACAGCAGCUAUCCUUGCGCACAAGCGAUUGCGUUACAGUACCUUAACUGCUCAGUGCUUUCAUCUCUCACAUAGUGCCACAUCUGAAAUUUACUCACAACUCAGAAGUUAGCUCACAACACAAAGUGAAAAAAUAAAGACCUAGCGAUGUUUCACAAAUGAAAACCUCGUGCCAUGGUGCACUGUUCAUUUUAGUCAGUUGUGUUAAAUAUAUUUUCUGUUUUCAUAUAUAAAGUUUUCAAGUUCCCGAUAAAGACCCGACCUUCAUUUUUGUAAAUUCAUGGUCUCUACCCAUUAAUUACCUUGGGAAGUAAAAUAUUUCAGAAGUCCAGAAAUUUUGCACCCUUAGUAAACACGACCAAUUUUUUUUUCUACAGCUUAUCCCAAUUUCAAGAUGACAGGCCCCAACAGGACAAGAAAAAAAAAAAAUCACCGUGUGCGCUUAGCGUGUUGUAAACUCCAGAUGACUCUAUCACACCACAUACAGCAACUUACUAACUCUUACUAAUUAAUGUCUGUCAUAGAACCAAGACUGACCUGGGAGAGUUAGCAUUGUGCCAUCAACAGUAGUAGAAGGAAAAACAAAUUGAAAAUGGUGGGCUAAAUGUUCUCAAUCGGUAACUGCUUUUGUGCUUACAAACUCUUCUCCUUUUCAUUUUUAUUGUGAUGAAUGUCUCAUAAAACACGUUAAACAAACAAAACAAAUUCCUUCUCAGUUUGCGUCCGCCAACAGUUAAUCGACUAUCGUUCAUUUUGAUGUCAGUGUCAGUGGCUUAAUGAGGUGUGAUUUUAAAUAUUUUAUAGGUUGAACAUGUUCGACUGUCGGUUGUCUUGAGCAAUCGGGAGGAAAGAUCCCUGUUUACGUCCUCCACUACAGGGUAAUCGCUCAGGGACAGUCUUUCAGAGACAUUUGAUUAUUAGGCCUUUGCUGACUAAUUGCAAGAAUUAUAAAAAGGCUGUAAUUUGUCCCAAUUAUCGGUAUGUGUGUACAGAGUUGUAGCAUAAGUCCAGCAAGAAAAGAUCAUUCCUAAAUUCCAAAUUGGAAACAUUGUUUACCAAAUUGGUAAGUUAAGUGGAUGUCUUCCAAAUUGGACUGUUUUCUUUGUACAGGCUGAGUAAGUAAUUUUUUAAAUUUUUUGUCUGCUUUUUGGGCCAGUGAACUGAGACAAUUAUGGACAACAAUUCUCAGGGAAGAUUUUGCUUAGCAUUUUGUUGCUUGGCUUUGUUCUGUGGAGUACAUAACGUGGAAGGGGGGAGGAGGUUCUAAGGUUAUAUCGAAUGGAAAUGUGUUGGGCACAUUUUUUUUCCUGCCAUAUUGUUGUUCCUUCACUGAUAUAACUUGUUCUGAAUCAUUCACUCUUUAUCCACAAUCUGAAACAUGUUUAUAAGUAACCCUCAAAUUUCCUCAAAUUGUGGCCCCCCCCACUCCACAAAUACUUCCCUCAAAUACUGUAAACUGUUGUUUAAAAAAAGAACAAAUACAAAAAAUAAAAUAAAGGGUAAGUUAGCGGGGUUCUCAGUUUGUUGGCUCUUUUUUUGACACAGGAACCGCUGUUCCCUUUUGAACUAUGUUGGUAAGCAAAACAGUAGCAAAUACUAAAACUGAUAUACUGUAAACAGGAUGUCAUAUAAAUUGUCUGUUUUGGGGGGGAGUUUGCCUGUAAUGAUUAUAUUUGAUAGAAAACACUGUUUCUAAACAUUCACUGAUUGCCAAGGUUUGCAUUCUGAUGCUAACCAAAACAGGAGAAUAACUGUUAUUAGACUUACUUCAAUAUGUAAACAUGUUCUCAGCGGAGUAUUUAAAAGGAGGGAGAGAGCUUUUAGACGUAAAUUAAACACCACUGUUAUUUGACAUAUUUUAUGUAACAAAACGGUGGGCCACUAUUUGCAGGACUGUGAUAUUUGUCUUUCUUUUUUACCCUUUAUUGCUGUUUUUCCAGCAUCCAUCUGAUUUCUUGUGCACAUCUCUUAUUUUAUAUGUUCCUCAAUUUUCCUUUCCCCCCUUUCUCCCCACCACCACCUACCUUCUUCACAGCCUCUUCGUCUGUUUUCCCCUCCUCUACUUUCACUGCUUCCUCUUCCUCUUCCUCCACAAAGCCCUGCAUGGAUGCAGGCCAGGCGGAGGUGAGGCUGUUGCCCCCCUUGCUGAAGGAUCAGGCAUGGGGCCUUCAGAC